CAGAAAACUUAACCUCACGACGGACGCGUUUUCCGGAUGGCGCACGACCCGGAGUUGGAGUCUGCGCUGUGCCGCGUCCGCUUCCUGGCCGACGAGCGCUGGCAGACGAGCGAGUGCGCCCGGAAGAACCAGGAGCUCCUGCGGGCCUUCCACGCCGCCGGGCCCCCGCGCUUUCGACGGGCCUCAGGGGGCGCGCGCACCGUCCGGCGCGUCAUCCCCAACAGCCGGCUGGCCCGCUACGGCGACUACCCCUACGACGAGGCCCGCGAGUUCAUCUACACGGUGGCGGAUCGCGACGUCAGAGGUCGAGCAAAAGACCCCGAGAUCCCCUCUGCUCUGGACGGGGAGCCUUGGAUGCUCCCCGAGGUCGGUUACUACUUCAGCCUUUACACCCGCUUCGCUGCUCGCAGGUUGAAUCAAUUGAAACAAUACAGCAACAGAGUGAAAAGGGUGGCAAAUAACAGCGGAUGUGGAACCUCUAUGAACAGCCAAGAUUGUGCCAUUUACAUGAGCCCACCCCUCUACUCGAAAAACUAUUUUUUAUCAACACAGUUGACCAACAGAUAUUACCACUUGCCACGGUUUGUUAGUACAGUUGACCAGUCAGUAAGUCACAUCCGUGAUUUCUCUGCUUCAGCCUCUUUUUGCCAGCAGAAUUUGGAGUAUUACGAUGAAUUCAAACUGCGUGGCCUCAUCCAAGCCAAAUCUGUGCAGCAACUCUGGCUUGGCGACAACCAACACUAUCUGGUCUCUACUUUGCGAACAACUACAGCAACUGAUUCAUUUGCACAAGGUUGUCGUUUCGCAUACCAGAGCAGGAAGUGCUCCUAUCAGUCAACCAAAAGGUGUCCGAAACAAUGGUACAAAAAUCGCCCGUUCCUAGAUGUUAAUGUCUCGGGAUUCCAGUCAAACAUUCAGCCUCGAAUAUUCAACAUAGAUAAUGCACUGAUUCCGCAUCAAAUCUGCCCACUCCUAGCAGUGACAAAUUGUACCGCUCGAUCAUCAAUGUAUCAGACCCCUCCUCCGUUCCAAAACCAGAUGCGCUCCUUACUACCUCCUAUUCCCACCCCUACUAUAGUGAAUCCCCUUGCCAUCAAUGUGUACAACAAUUCUCUCACACCUCAAAGUUUACGCAUCCCUCAUCCUAUUUCAUCCCUUCACGACAACGAUUACAGUAAUAGCUUGAUGAAUAGUGCUGGUGGCCCAGAGAAAGUAGCAGCCGCACUGACAAAAGUCAAAACCUGGUUGAAAAAAGUCUACCCAAAGCGAGGCAGGGAUAUGAAAAAACCAAAAAGAAUGAUGAGCCAUCCUUUUGCUUUACAACUACGAACUCAUCUUGAUAACACUGACUCACCAAGCCAGAAAUCAAAGCAGGAAGCUGAGCGGGGUCUGCCAGUUGAUGUUGAAAAAUGUUUUGCAGACUUGGAAAAAGAGGCAAUAGAACAAUAUCAGAGCUCUGCGGAUGAUCUACUCAAGAAACCCAUCACUCCUUCAGAGGAGACCUUCAUGGAGUUGGAGCGGCAAGCUUUAGAGCAGUAUCAGAUGAAAGAAACAAGAGAGAAUUCACGUAUUUCAAACGGUGCCAAAACUGUCAAAUCCGAUUGCGACAGUCCGGUCAAUUUGGAGACAGCGCCACUUGGUAAGGCUGCUCAGUCAAGGGCCAGUACGCAUAGGGACUCAUAUAAAGUUGCAUUGCUCCGAAAAACCAACACAGCAGUUCAAAGCAAGGAUGAAAGAGACCAUGCUUUGGGAAAACUCAACAGUAAAUCUAACAUACCAGUUAAGGGAAAGAUAAAAGUUACGCCGGUAAAGACGAACAUUAAGGAAAGGUAAUUAAGUGUAUAAUUUUUAAGGUCUUUGCUGAAAAGUCAAACAAUUUUUUGGAGGCAACUUAAAUCAAAUUCAGUUAUUAGGAAAAAACAGCUGACUAGACUGAUUUCCUAACAGAAGAUAAGAAAGACGCUGAGAAGCAUUUCAAGAAGGGGUAAAAAUUUAAAACGUGUAAGUUCUAUAUAAUGCAAAAAAUUAAGAAAAAUUUCUGAGACUAUUUAAAGGAGAUAGUUAGUUUUCCUCUCUAUAAAAUAAUUUUAAACAAUUAAUUUGUGAUAGAUUGAUCUGGUGGGUUGAAAAACAUGAUCACGAUGAUUGAAAGUGUGAUAAAUAAUUAGAAAUAUAUAGAAAAUGAGAUUGAAUACUUCAAGCUCAUGAUCAUAGUUAAAUUAUGGGUAAUCACAAGUUUAAUUUAGAAUAAAUGAAAUCAUUGAAGCACCUUC